AUGGCAACCAGUAUGGGCCCAAAUUUCUCUGGGCAUCCUGCCGGCAUGGGACAUCCAGGUGUCGCUGGCCAUCCUAUGGGUCCAGGUGGCAUGCCUCAUAACCAAGGCCAGCAAGGCGGUCCUGGUGGUGGAAUGCCUCAUCAAUUUGGAGGACCCAUGGUCUCUGCUCAAGGAGCUCAAGUAAACCCUGCCCUCAUGGGCGGUAUGCCGCCGGGUGCGAACCCAAAUGCUCAUGCUUUACAGCAUCUCAAUCCCGCCACACAGCAGCAAAUGAUUCAGCAACAACUGCAGCAACAACAUUUUGCUGGUAAUCCGCAAGCGAUGGCAGCGAUGCGACAACAACAGUUGCUUCAACAAAGACAGUUUAUGGCUCAACAAGCCGCUAUCCAAGCCAACAUGCAUGGUGGCAUGCCGAUAAACAUGGCCCAAUUUAGCCAACUCAACCCGCAGCAGCUGCAAAAUCUCAGAGGGAGACUGGGUCCUGGACAGCAUCCUCAGGCUCAAGCGAUCAUGGCGCAGCAGCUUGCUCUCCAGCAACAUCAACAGCAGCAGCAGCAACAACAACAGCAACAGGCUGCACAUGCUCAGCAAAUGCAAGCUGGGCCUAAUCCAGGCCAACAGAUGCCCAUGAAUGCUCAAAGCCUUCAAGCCAUGCAGCAACACAACCAGCUUGCUAUGCAAAGCCAGAUGGCAAACCAACAGGGCCAGCCCCAGGGUCAGCCUCAACCAAACCCUCAACAACAGCAUCAGCAACAGCAGCAGCAACAGCAGCAACAUCAACAGCAACAGCAGCAACAACAACAGCAGCAGCAGCAGCAGCAGCAGCAGCAACCUCAACACACCCCUCAGCAGUCAUCACAAGCUGGGACACCAGCUGCUACUGGGCCCCAAACCCCUGCCCAGACACCUAGCUCAACCCCUGCUCAGCCAACUCAGCUGCCACCUGGUCAGAAUCAGCCUCCAGUGCCACAAACUCCUGCUCAAUCCCAAGCUCAGCCUCAGCCACAACAGCCCCAGAACCAGGCACAAGCUCAGGCACAAGCUCAAGCGCAGGCUCAGGCUCAGGCACAAGCGCAGGCGCAGGCUCAAGCCCAACCUCAGCCGCAUCAAAUGAACGCUGCCGCUGCCCAGCAGCUUGCGAUACAGAACCAGAUGUUGCAGCAGCAGCGGAGAGAGAGUAUGAAAGGCCAGUGUUUGCUUAAGCUAAUGCAGUUCAACGAGCAUCUUAGUGGCUUCUCCGGCCCCAAGGGUGACGUUUCAUACUGGCAGAGUUUCGUGAUGCGAUUCUUCUCCCAAAACGGCGUUCUCCGUCACUCAUUGCAAAUUACCGAUGCCGAAGAUACAACCGAUAAACAAUACGAGAUCCCCUACGCAAGUAUUGCUCGCUACUUCCUCACUCAUUUCAACAACGGCGUCAGAAACAUACAGCUGGUCAUGGACAAGGGUACGACAGAUAGGCCUCUUCCAGGAGACUGCCAUUGUAUCGAGAACUCAAAGUCCAGUCUUGUCUACUGGUACGAGACAGGAUCUCAUUUGGUCGCGAGUGGUGCUCUACGAGUACAAUUUGACGCGGAACAGAGGAUCGAGCUAUUCGAAUUUCUUACAACAAGUCACGAAGAAUACAUCUCACGAAAGCAGGUCAUCGAUGCCGCUAAACCAGCCCAUAUGUGGAUGAAGGAGUGGCACAAGACGAAUUCGCAGGAUGGCAAAUCCCCUGAAUUGUCCAAGAAGGGCAAGGGUCGACAGUUGAAGUCCCCCCAAACGCAGCCUCCGGAGGUUCUGGUUGAUUUGCCAGACUCGGCCGUGAAUAGCAAGGGUGUGACUGAAGCUGUCUUCCAGUUUCUUGAGAUUAUUGAAGUGAUGGGACAGAUGAACCCAUUAUUCCAGUUGAACCACUCGAACCCCGGCAUGGGUCCAUAUCAAGCUCUCGAGCAGUACGUCGCAACAAAUAUCAGUAACGCUCCUCCCAACAUGAACGGUCAGCAAAUGCCCCCCGGAGCCCGCACGCCUAGCUUUGGACAAUUCCCGAUGGGCGCCAGCCCCGCUGCGGCUCACAUGAACCUACCCGGAUCACCUCAUAUGGGUAGCCCAGCGCAGGGUCAUAUGCAGGCCCCUGGAAUGCAGAUGCAGCAAAGUCAACAAGGAUCCGGGUCAAGCGGACCUAGCGCAAACACAUCCCCCGCCUCGAACAAAAGAAGAAGGCCAUCAGCAGUGAAAGAGGAGGAUGGAUCUGGAGCUCCUACACCAAAUGCUAAUGGAAUGCCUCGCAAUGCCAAGCCCCCUACACCAAGAAUGCCAAAACGACUAAAGGGCAACCCACCCGCAUAA